UAUGUACCGGGAAGUAAAAUAUCGAGUUAUCACUUUUGAAUAAAGUAUGUACAGUGUGCGUCGGGUAUUGGAAUUACUGUAUAUACAGCGUAUGUAGGGAGGGAACACGUCUGUACAACACAUCAACUUUAUACAAACUAUACUACAGACAAUGAAGCUAUGGGACACUGUCUCGGUUUGGACGGCUAUCACUGUAUACAGAGCAUCGGUCGUAUCAUCAAGCUCAACUACAACGAACGCAUUUACAACACAAACCAGCACAUCGACAUCCGUCUACACAACAACUGAACCGUUCACAACCACAACUCAACCCAUCACAACUACAACUACUGAACCCUUCACAACCACAACUCAACCCAUCACAACUACAACAGAACUCUUUACUACGACAACAUCACCCUUCACAACUACAACUAAUAGAGAAACAUCCGUCACUCUCCCUACCGUAACGUCCACAGACACUACCACAGGAACAACUGUUAUACCAACAACAAACAUCUUUACUGGGACGAGCACGUCACACGUCACAGUACCGUCUACUUCCGGGACAAUCAUUACAACGGUGUCAUCACCCUCUUGUCCACCAUACUCAUUCCCAUACGUCGCCGUUGUUGUCCCUAUUGUGGUAACCUUACUGGUGGUGCUACUGACUACCGGGGCCAACCUGAUUCUGUACAGACGACGUCUCGCCCUGAUACGAGAAACGAAAAAUGUUGACGAUGUCAUGACGCCGACCCCUGCAACGUACGAAAGCCUUGACGUCAACCGACGAGAAAAUCCCUCCGAAAUGUACACUGUACUGGAGGGAGAACAUGUCUACAUUAACACUUAGUACAAUGUACACUGUACUGGAGGGAGAACAUGUCUACGUUAACACUUAGUACAAUGUACACUGUACUGGAGGGAGAACAUGUCUACGUUAACACUUAGUACAAUGUACACUGUACUGGAGGGAGAACAUGUCUACAUUAACACUUAGUACAAUGUACACUGUACUGGAGGGAGAACAUGUCUACGUUAACACUUAGUACAAUGUACACUGUACUGGAGGGAGAACAUGUCUACAUUAACACUUAGUACAAUGUACACUGUACUGGAGGGAGAACAUGUCUACGUUAACACUUAGUACAAUGUACACUGUACUGGAGGGAGAACAUGUCUACGUUAACACUUAGUACAAUGUACACUGUACUGGAGGGAGAACAU